UGUCAUGGCGACACUUCCGUCAACACCUCCUGUUAGAUAGACUGGCAUUUAAUUCAUACAAGGAGGAUAGAGUUAUGUAGUUACACUCGCCUUGGUGAUACUUUUUAACGUUACUGGCCACUUAUCUUGUUGGUACAAUGAACGAACAACCAGCCACACGGGAAAACAAAGUUGGAAAAUGUCAGUUGCAGACUUGGGUAGAAGAGAGGGCUGUUGCAGCUGUUGACAACAAGGAAAUAAAAACACAAAACUGGAGACAUGGACACCGAGGGAUUCUCACCAUGGACCAGGAAUCUAAAAUGGAGGCUGUCUCCACAUUGAAAGAAGCUUACGGCCCUCCCAAGAUUCCCGGGGUCAGGUUGCAUGGCCUCAGAGUUGAGCUUUUGAAAAAACAUAUCACCCAGAUGAUAAGUGAGCAGCUCCAUGCUGAACUGAACCCACCAACUCCCAAAACUGACUUCUGUUCCACAACCCAGAAGGAUUUCUGUGUCGAGGGAUUUGUGCCUCUUACCCCCAAAACAACACAAGUAUGUGCACAACAUUUUGAUCUUGGUCAGGAAAGGCAUAGCUAUAACUCACAGUUACUGAUGACAACAACACUACAUUUAGAUGCGUCAGCAUCAAUACCAGAGGUUCAUGAUUAUAAAACUGACCAGGCCAUCACAUUUUGGAGUGAAAACUACCAGCGUAUACAAGGUGCAACCGCCAUACAGACCCUGAAAGCACCUUUCAGGAAGUCAGCCCGGUACAGCACCCCCAUUUGUGAGCGGCUGGAUGAAAUCGAGCUCCCACCUGACAACUGAGACACCAUGUCAUCACUUUAUUACUAGUUAAUAUUGACAUGGUAAUCCACUCUAAAUGUUAGUGUUAUUUUCUGUAGCGGAGAACAGUGCAGUCUGUGUAAUGGCAGCAUUUAAGCCUGUGCUAUCCACACUAUAAAUAAAGGUGGUUUUUGUAAAACAG